CUUUGCUUAAUAACAUGCAAGGUUUGGAUCUCAAGGCAUUGAAGGAAACAAAAUAAGAAUAUUUUAAUUUUUUUUUUGAACCGGAGUUUUGUUCUUGUUUUAUUAAACUAUUCCUAUAUUAAAUAUUUCAUUAUUCAGUUUAUUUUCUGAUUCUUGUUUGCUCUAAUAGGAACACUUCUUUAAGUUUAAUUGUUAAAUUUGUUUAUACUUAACUAAUCAGUUCCUAAACUUCUAGUGUGUUGAAUAUUUAGUUGACAAUAAUGGCAUUAAAACAGGGAAGGUGGAUUUUUAUGUUGAAACAUCUUCAUUAUAAAAGAUUGAUUGUGGAUUCACAUUUUCCCCUUUGCAAUACUACAGUAGAUUGCAAUAAAAUCUCGGAUCCUUUAAUUCCCAUAAGAAGUUUUUCUUUCAAAAACAAAAGUAAGGAAAUUGACAGAGUCAAUUCUUCUGAAAAAAAUGAUCAAACAGGACAGUUUCUAAUUUUAACCAACGCAAUAAAAAAAUAUAAAAAUAAUUUCUCCCUAGGUGAUAUUGAAACUUUAAAGAAAACUGCCGUAGCACAAGAAAAACAAAUAACUGAAAUUAAUUUUGAUGCUAUAUUUAUAAUGUUGUGUGGUUAUGAAAAAGCUUUUUUAUUAGGAAAAAGUUAUUUUGAUUAUCUUCGUGCCAAUGGAAGUAUGAAUAUUGGUGUAAUAGGUAAAUUUUUUAGAUUAUGUUAUGAUUGCAAAGAACAAUGUUCAGAUAUUGAAAAAUCUCUCAUGUUAAAUUUAUUUAAAAAACUGGUCAGUAAAUAUGAUAUAUUGGAUCAUAAAACUUGUGAAAAUGUAGCACUAGGUUUGUCCAUUUGUAAUGAAUGGAAAGAAUGUCUUAAGCUGUUAGAAAUGGCCCGUUUCACGUCGGUCCCUUCAACUAAGAUGUAUUCUGCAAUUAUAGAGGCAGCAUUUUGUAAUCACGAGAUGGAUUUGGGUUUUAAUUUAAUGCAUGAAAUGGUGAGAAAUAAGUUAACACCCUUACCCAAUGUUUAUACUAGUUGGUUAAGUGCUUCAAAAUUUAGUAGAAAUGCAUUUAAUGAAUUAUUCAAGUUUUUUGAAAAACAUGAUUUACAUCCAUCAGAAGAAGUUACAAUGUUAUUGUUACCUCACUAUAAUCAACACAACAAAAGAACAAAAUACUGUAAAAUAGCUGAAGUAAACAAAAGUGGGAUGUGUCAAUCUUGCUUUCAUCAGCUAAAUCCACUUACUAUUGAUGAAUCAGAAUUUAAAAAAAUGAGAGAUGCAUUUUUAAAUCCUGUGUUGAUUGGGAAGGAUAUAUUUCAUAAAUCCAAACCAGAGGAAUUUAAAUCAUUUAUUAAUUUUCUUGAAAGAAUAGAGCACACAGAUGUUGUUCUUGAUGGUCUUAAUAUAGCUCUUUCUCCAACAAAUAGGAAACAUGAUCUUCAACUGUCUGCAGGAGUGCUGUGUCGUGUUGUUAAGCAUUUCGUUAAUCUUUCUAAGAAAGUUAUGGUUCUUGGAAGAAAACAUAUGAGUUUAUGGCCUAAGGUUGAUAUGGAUUAUAUUAAAAAAAAUGCUUUCCUGUUCCUGGUAGAAAAUGUGUCCACAGAUGAUCCAUAUCUGCUGUAUGCAACAAUGCACUUUGGCUUAGGAACAGCUUUUGUUUCAAGAGAUCAAAUGAGAAGUCAUAAAUUUCUUCUACGAGAUCCUGAAUUAAAGGAUAUUUUUGCGAAAUGGCAGCAGAAACACCAAUAUUACUUUUUGUAUGCAAGUGAAAAUGGAAAGGUUUCCCUCAUGGAGCCUAUGAAGUAUUCACAAAGUGUACAACAAACAAAGGAAGGUACCUGGCACAUUCCUAUAUCAACAGACAUGAGUGGAAUUCCAGGGCAUCUUAUACCUUAUAAGAAAAAAUGGUUAUGUUUUCCAAAUUUUUGAUUUUUUUUUUUGUUGUAAAAAUUGUUUAUAUUAUUUAUAUUAUGAAUUGAAUAAAGAACAAACCCUAUUGAACAAAUAUGUUACUAAGUAAUCUGAUUUGAAUCUCAAAUGAUAAAUCAAAACCAUAUCUAUGUGACCAUUAUUACAAAAGACCAUAUUUAUAAGUAUGACAAAGUAAAUUAAAUAGACAAGAAUUGUUUUAACUAAGAAAAUGUUUUUACAAAAUUAUUAUCUUUGCCUUAUAUCUAUACAAAAUUCAGUAGACUUGAUAAAGCUCAUACAUAAUAAAAACUAUCAACUCCAUAAAAUAUAAUUAUUUAUAUUACUUACACGAUUCACAGUUUUGAGUUUAA